AUGGGUAAAGCAGAUUCAACUUGUAUUGGUUCAUUUGGAAAAGACUGUGGUAGCAAUUGCAGUAAAGAUUAUUAUGGACACGGUUGUCGUAAAAGAUGCAGCUGUAGUAAUCAGCAAAUAUGUGAUCCAAAGGAAGGAUGUGUCGAAGUUACCUACCAAUCUACAGACAGUGCAGGGUGUAAUAACAAUAAAACUUUGGAAAAUUGUCAAAACCAUAGGGACGUUCUUACAAAUGUCAAAGCCUCCAGCGAUUCUUAUGUUAAUCAGACCGUGGCAUCCUUGCUAGCUGUCAGUUGUACUCUGAUAUUGCUUCUUCUCGGUACUGUUGUUUACUGUAACCGAAAACUGAAAAAGGAAAGUGGACGUUUUCAAAGAUGUACAGAACAUGAAGUUAACACGUCAGAAAUUCAAGAAGGACAGGAAGACCUGAUUUAUAAUGAUAUCAGGGAAUCUCAUUUGAUCGAUUACUGUGAUACUUUAUCAAGUGUACACAAUUUUACGCCUCAAUUCUGUGGGUUGACAUCUCCAACGAAUAUGGAUAAAGUAACGAAUCAUCAACCAAACAAAGCCAAAGCACCAUUAACACGCUCCAGAACGGUGGGUCUUGAAGAUUACGGACAUUGGUACAGAAGAACUGAUAAUUACGAUCAUAUUAAUUUCACAUGCACAAAGCAGUUGUCUUCUUACUCUGACGUAAUAACAAGUGAUUAUGACAUUUUCACGUCACCCUCAACAUCCCAUGAAACUCAAGUAAACGACGACGAAUGUGGAAACAAACAGUUAAAAGAACACCCAAAAAUAGACAUAGAAGCGUCAUUUAUCAAAAAAGAAAAUUAAGUUCUCUGGUCAAUCGCCCAUACAGAUCUGUCAAAUACAACAGAAACAUGAGAAAGAAUGAGGAGCGUUAAGCCUAUGAGGCAUAAUAUUUGAAUACCAAGGAAGGAGUCUUCUGGUUAUCAGACAUCCUUCUUAUAUUAAGAAUUUCAUAAAAUUUUGGCACAGUCUAACAGAUCAUAUAAUCAAAUGAUUCUAUCAGCUUAAUCAAAUUUAACCUUCUUGAUUUCGCAUCAAGGUCAGGUCAAGGUCAC